AUGUCGGGACCAAUAUUAGGAGGUUUUAGUGAUUUGGAUGUUAACGAUAAAGAAGUUCAGGGAAUCGCAACUAGGGCAAUGACAAAAAUAAAUGCAAUGCGUAAUGGUAUUUUCUACAUGGCUAAAUUAAAAAUACUGAGUGUGAAACAACAAGUUGUGGCUGGGACGAAUACAGUUAUUGAAAUAUUGGCUCAGGAAUCGACGUGCGAUAAAACGGUGAACUGA